CAUGUGGUCCUUUCGAGAUCCAUAAAUGGGCCGCGUUGCAGCAGUCUGACGAUAGAUCUGACAAUUUUCCAAAUUUUCCGACGUCAGAUUUAUUCAACGCCACCGAGCAACCCAAAUCUUAAUUGCUAAUCGAUUGCGUAUCGAAUAUUCCGAAUUUCCAGUUCCUAGAGACUCUGAAACGCGGCCUUGAUCUCUUGAAAUCCGCUACAAAGCCUAGCCAGCAAAAUGCCGAGUGACGCCAAGAAGAAGAGGGACCAGAAGAAAAAGGAAGCCUUGAAGGCUCGCCAGAACGGCGGCGGAAGUGGAGCAGGCGUCAAGAAACCAACCCAAAACGGCACGUCCGAGACCAACGGUGACGGCAAAGACAGUCCCGUUGAACUCAGUGCUGAAGAGGCACUUUGCGCUAAGCUUGAAGCCGAUGCGAGACUGAAUGCUGAGGCACGUGCUUGCACCGGUUCCCUGGCGGUGCAUCCCAGGAGUAGGGAUGUCAAGAUCAGUAACUUUUCCAUCACUUUCCACGGCUGUGAAAUGCUGCAGGACACAAUGCUCGAGCUCAACUGCGGCCGAAGAUACGGCCUCCUGGGUGCAAACGGAUGUGGAAAGAGUACUUUGCUCUCAGUAUUGGGUAAACGUGAAGUGCCCAUUCCGGAACACAUUGAUAUUUUUCACUUGACCCGUGAAAUGCCUGCCUCCGAGAAAAGUGCCCUUCAGUGUGUCAUGGAGGUGGACGAGGAGCGGGUGCGACUUGAAAAGCUUGCCGAGGAGCUUAUUGCUUGCGAGGAUGAAGAGGCACAAGAGCAGCUAAUGGAUAUUUAUGAACGUUUGGACGACAUGAGCGCAGACACGGCCGAGGCUCGUGCAGCCAACAUUCUGCACGGUCUUGGUUUUACAAAAGAUAUGCAGAUCAAGAAAUGCAAAGACUUUUCCGGUGGUUGGAGGAUGAGAAUCGCCCUGGCCAGAGCCUUGUACGUAAAACCGCACUUGCUUCUUUUGGACGAACCGACCAACCACUUGGAUCUUGAUGCUUGUGUGUGGCUGGAGGAAGAACUGAAAACUUACAAACGCAUUUUGGUGAUUAUUUCUCACUCUCAAGAUUUCUUGAAUGGUGUCUGUACCAACAUCAUCCACAUGAACAAGAAGAGGCUCAAAUAUUACACGGGUAAUUAUGACGCAUUCAUGAGAACUCGUAUGGAGUUGCUGGAGAACCAGAUGAAGCAAUACAACUGGGAGCAGGACCAGAUUGCCCACAUGAAGAACUACAUUGCCCGCUUUGGUCACGGAAGUGCUAAACUCGCUCGUCAGGCUCAAAGCAAGGAGAAAACCCUUGCGAAAAUGGUCGCACAGGGACUGACUGAAAAAGUAACCAAUGACAAAAACGUGUCAUUCUAUUUCCCGUCUUGUGGCACUAUCCCACCUCCUGUUAUCAUGGUGCAGAACGUCAGCUUCAAGUAUUCAGAUGGCACACCGCACAUCUACAAGAAUCUGGAGUUUGGUAUUGAUCUGGAUACUCGUCUUGCAUUGGUCGGGCCCAACGGAGCUGGAAAAAGUACUUUGCUGAAGCUGCUCUAUGGAGAAUUGAUUCCAACGGAAGGCAUGAUUCGCAAGAAUUCCCAUUUGCGGAUCGCACGAUACCACCAGCACUUGCACGAGUUGCUCGACCUGGACAUCUCUCCUCUCGAGUACAUGUUGAAAUCCUUCCCCGACAUCAAGGAGAAAGAAGAAAUGCGUAAAAUCAUUGGUCGCUAUGGCUUGACUGGAAGGCAGCAGGUUUGCCCUAUCCGUCAACUGAGCGAUGGUCAGAGAUGCCGAGUUGUGUUUGCCUAUUUGGCCUGGCAGGCACCUCAUUUGCUCCUACUUGACGAGCCGACCAACCACUUGGACAUGGAAACAAUUGACGCCCUUGCCGAUGCGAUCAGUGAGUUUGAGGGAGGCAUGGUGCUGGUCAGCCACGACUUCAGGCUCAUUAAUCAGGUGGCUGAGGAAAUUUGGAUUUGCGAAAACGGUACGGUCACUAAGUGGCAGGGCGACAUUCUCACUUACAAGAGCCAUCUGAAGGAGAAAAUCAUGAAAGCUGAAGUGAAGUCUCAGAAGCGGAGCUGAUUCACUCGAUCGUCACCGACAAAUAAUUAAUAUCUUUGCUUGACACUCAGUAAUUUAUUUAUUUGAUUGCAAGACUUAAGUAUAGGAUAAUCACAAAACCCCGAAGCGGAAAACGGCCAGCGCACCCAUUUUACCAGCUCUAGUUAAUUCAGUUUAGUUUCCUUUGAUCACCUUAACCUGCUUGAUCGUCUUUACUAAUUUUUCCAACCUGUUUGAUCAUUAAAAUAAUAAGGAAAGAGUCAUUGUGAUCAUUAAUGUUAAUGGUAAUUGUAAUGUCGGUUAUAUUUAAUAAAGAGCAAUCAUGAUUUUGCGCAUUGAA